GAUGCUCCCUUCAAUAACGUUUAUAGAUAACGCUAUGACACAUUAAAUUCCACAUGGCGGAAGAAAGCCCUGGAUAUGUUUUAUUUCUGAAGAAAAUUUACAAAAAGGCGUUCCAAAGAUAAAUACCAUGUCUGACAACCCAGAAGAAACAGCUUACUACCUUCGACUUGUAUCUAUGUACAUGGACCUUUGUACAGAGAGUGUAAGGAAAGUGUUUAAUUUUUAUUCACCAAAUAAUAAUGGUGAAGAUUUUGUUCGAUUAAAUCAAACCAAACUGAAUGAAUUAAAGACAAAGGGAAUUCUGAAUCAACAGGAAUGUAAACUCGUCAUCACACUAUGGCCAAAUCUCAGACUUAUGGAUAUAUCACUACUGAUAACGCUCUCUAUCAAUUUAUUUACUCCCGUGCACCUACCACCUCCGACAAAAGGAUGGGACUGCCCCCCAAGAGAUAAAGAUAUAUCUAUUGCGGCUGAUCUGUUACGUUUAAGAAAGAUCAGAAACUUUAUUGUCGGUCACCAUCCAUGUGCUCGGCUACGUCAGUGGGAAUUUGAAGAAGUGUGGGAGAAUAUUGUGACUAUAUUAAUAAGGAUAGAAAAGGAAAUAGAUCCGGGAAACGAGGCACAUCUUCAAAGCCAAAUUGAAUGUUACUUAAUACAACAGCUGCAACCAUGUAUUCAGAACGAGCAUGACUCGAAACUGAAAGAAUGGUAUCAGGAGGUGUCCGAAGCUCAGAAAAAGGUAGACGAAUAUCUCAAGAACCUUGAAGGAUUCAACGUUUACUUAAAAGAUAAGUCCGACCGAUAUGAACGUUACAUAAAACUCUUGGUUAAGGGCGGGCGAUUUGCAUUGUCUGCUCUAAUUAAAACAAAAUGUCAGCAAAGCGAUUUGAGAUGCAAACUGGAUGAGAAGGAAGAUAUACUUAGGGAAAAGAUCACUGAUUCGGAACAUUUAGCAAUUCUCUACCCAUCUGCCUCAGAUCGUUUGGCAACCCCGUUGGAUUUGUCAGUAUGGGACAUUUCGUUACUGACUGGGGUAUUACGGUAUGCUUUUGAGUGCAGUGGUGAUCUGAAGGAGGCAAUAGACAAUCUGUACAGUGCACGAAAGAACUACGCAGAGGUAGCUGUUAAAGCAUUAGAUCCGGAUACCUUCGUUGACUACCUAUCUGAUCUCAAAUACAGCAUUAAUGUUGCUAAAAAUUAUCUAAAUUCGGAAGAUAAAUCUCACAUUAACGAAGUAUUGGAAGAGAGUAAGAAAAAAGCAAAGGAAGAUGGCUCAUUUAAGACAGACAUGGAGGAACUCAAAUCACAGGGUUUGCAGAUGAAAACUUUUUCAGACAUUCAUAAAGAGACUGUUCAGAAAACGAAAGCAACACUUCAACAAAUGAUUACACAUGGAAUAAGCUUUGGCAGUAACCGGAAGCUAGAAUUGAAAAUGAUAACUGUCGGGUCAGACGAGGAGAAGACGAAAAUUGCUGAAAACAUUUUGUUUGCGGUGUGGCAGACAGCAUUGGAUCGAACAGAAAACAAAGACAAUUUUCAAGACAUCCAGGAGGAAGUUAACAAGAUUUUGAAAGAGAUAGAGAAGUUAAAGAAUAUACAAAAUAUAUCCGUUGAGCAGAAAUGUGUCCUUCUGCAGAUUGCAAGUAGGGAACCCUGUGACAUGUUGGACCUUAUUGAAUAUUUCGAUAGUGACUUAUUCCACAAAACCUUGGAUGAUAUAUGUAAAGCGGUUGGAUAUCAUUGCGAUACGAUUGUUGCUAUAUGUUCAAAUGUGACCAUUGAAUCACUUCAUGACAUACUUAAUGAACAUCAUCUACCAAAGCAACAAGAAAGUGGCAUAAGAGUUCCAAUUACUGUUUCUUCGCCAGCUGACAUGAUGGAAUUGUGGAAAUUAUUUCGAAGUGAGCAAUUUUCAAAUAGCACAAACGCUAUAGCGGAGAAAUUGUCAAAACAUUCGAACACACCAGUUACCCUGAAAACUUUCACAGAUAUGAAAGAGUUGAAUGACGUCUUUGAUGGAGAGACUGGGCAAAGUAGUACAGACAGCGAAAGUAAUGAUUCCUUGACUCAAGACAGUAGCCGAACGUUAGACACUGAAUUAGAUUUCCCAUACAAAGUAGAAGCAGCGGGACAUUCAGCUGAUCAAUCGUCCAUAAAAUUAUAUCAUAAACAAAAGAAAAUGGUGAAGUAUACUAUCGGUGGGUUUACAAUACGUGGAUUCUUUAAACACAAGGAACACUGGAUCCCAAGGCUUGGUCAACUUUUAGAUUGUGUACUCGGUCAAAAGGGUGCUGUAGAAGUAGUUAAAGGAAAAACUGUAAAUGGUACAGUACCAACAGAAUUGCAGGAAGUUUCAAGAAAUUUUUUAAAAGCAGGAGGUGAUAUAAAGGCUCGAGUCAUACAGGUUGCGCCACUGAGUGGAACUAAAGGCGAAGAAAUCCGUUGUCAGUAUAUUUGGUCGUAUAGAACUGAUAAAUCUGAAACAGCUUUGGUAAAAAAUGCAGUCCUUGCGGCUAGAACAGUCGUUUCAAAGCUAAGGAAGAAAGGCAGCAUUAAAUGGAUUUCAUUCAAAGAGGUCAAUGAAGCAAAGAAAAUCAGUCUUAGGAAAUGCAGUACAGGGAAGGCCACUGCAGCGAUUGACAAAACAUUAUCAAAGAAGAAGAGCACUGUGCAACGUCUGAGAGACACGGGCAAGAGUGGUGUAAAAAAAGGAAGUCUGAAAGGUCCACGUACUUUAACAAUAACUUCAAAUGACCUUCCUGUUGGAAACAACAUUCCCACCGAGGAGAAGAUUCCACUCACUUCUAAGAAUUUAGCAGAAUUAGCUCAGUGCAUAAAUAAAAACUGGGAACUACUAGGAAUAUUACUAGGACUGACUAAUACUGAGAUCUGGCAGAUAAAGACGGAUUAUGAUGGCGUGGAGUUUAGAAUUUUUCAGAUGCUACAGAAAUGGAGUCAGUUGAAAGGAGACGAAGCAUGUCUUCAGAACUUUAAUAGAGCUAUGGCAAAAUGUCCAAAGGUUGGUUUUGAGCAACCACAGUUGAAUAAUGUUAUGCUCAAAAUAGCAGGGGAUUACAAGGAAGAAAAGUCAAAAUUCAAUUAAAACACAUAUUGUCUUAUGAUACGAUACAUAUUGACUAAGGAUACAUAUUAUCUUGAUUUGAGUUUUAAAUUAUCAAAUUAGAGUUUGGAGACUGGAUUUAUAGUCCCAGUGUUGGUUAUUUUUAAAACUGACCAAUAGCAAGGUUGCGAGGCCUGCAACUUUAUUUCAUAACAUGAGACCCUUUUAGCCAUUUAAAAAGGAAGUUGUAUAGAAAGUUUAUAUAGAAGUUGUAUUAUAAAAUCGUUUAAUUUCAUGUUUUGAAAACUAAGAUUAAUUUUGAUUCAAGUUUUCGUUUUGGUAUAAUUACCAGAAAUGAAAUUGCAAAUAAUGCUGUGUAACAAAUUUUUGAUUUAAUGGAAUAUUACCUUGUCUUAUAUCCGGUACAUUUGAAGUAAAACUUGAAAGUAUGUAUGAUGUUAUUAGCCCACCAUCAUCAGAUGGUGGGCUAUUCAAAUCACGCUGCGUCCGUGGUCCGUCGUCCUUCCGUCCGUUAACAAUUUCUCGUUAUCGCAUCUCCUCAGAAACUACUGCGGGGAUUUUGACCAACGUUUGUCAGAAUGAUGUAUUGGUACCCUAGUUGUGUCCCCCUGAAAAUCAGACUGGUUAAACAAUUUUUGAAUGAGUUAUGGCCCUUUGUUUAUUUCCAUAAUUUACAUAGAUUUAUAUAGGGAAAAACUUUGAAAAUCUUCUUGUCCAAAACCAAAAAGCCUGGGGCUUUGAUAUUUGGUAUGUAGCAUCAUCUAGUGGUCCUCUACCAAGAUGAUUCAAAUUAUUUCCCUGGGGUCAAAUAUGGCCCCGCCCCGGGGGUCACAUGGUUUAUAUAGACUUAUAUAGGGAAAAAUCUUUGAAAAACCUCUUGUCCAAAACCACAGGGCCUAGGGCUUUGAUAUUUUGUAUGUGACAUCAUCUAGUGGUCUUCUACUAAGAUUGUUCAAAUUAUUCCCCUAGGGUCAAAUAUGGCCCCGCCCUGGAGGGUCACAUGGUUUACAUAGACUUAUAUAGGGAAAAACUUUGAAAAUCUUCUUGUCCAAACCACAAAGCAUAGGGCGUUGAUAUUUGUAAUGUAGCAUCAUCUAGUGGUUCUCUACCAAGUUUGUUCAAAUUAUCCCCCUAGGGUCAAAUAUGGCCCAGCCCAAGGGGUCACAUGGUUCAUAUAGACUUAUAUAGGGAAACGCUUUUAAAAUCUUCUUGUCAAUAACCUACAACAUUCAUAUUUGGACCACAUGUAUAGUUUUGAGUGGCAAGAUGAACCUUGACAUGAGUCGACCUUGAUUUUGACCUAGUGACCUACUUUCACAUUUCUGUAGCUACAGCCUUCAAAUUUGGACAACAUGCAUAGUUUUGUGCACCAAAAAAAACUUUGACCUUGACAUUGACCUAGUGACCUACUUUCACAUUUUUGAAGGUACAGGCUUCAAAUUUGGACCACAUGCAUAGUUUUGUGUUCAGAAAUGAAAUUUGACCUUGAUUUUGACCUAGUGACCUACUUUCACAUUUCUGAAGCUACAGCCUUCAAAUUUGGACAACAUGCAUCGUUUUGUGCACCGAAAAAAAACUUUGACCUUGACAUUGACCUUGUGAACUACUUUCACAUUUUUGAAGGUACAGGCUUCAAAUUUGGACCACAUGCAUAGUUUUGUGUUCCGAAAUGAAAUUUGACCUUGAUUUUGACCUAGUAACCUACUUUCACAUUUCUGAAGCUACAGCCUUCAAAUUUGGACCACAUGCAUAGUUUUGUGUACCGAAAAAACUUUGACCUUGACAUUGACCUAGUAACCUACUUUCACAUUUUUGAAGGUACAGGCUUCAAAUUUCGACCACAUGCAUAGUUGUGUUCCGAAAUGAAAUUUGACCUUGAUUUUGACCUAGUGACCUACUUUCACAUUUCUCAAGCUACAGCCUUCAAAUUUGGACAACAUGCAUCGUUUUGUGCACCGAAAAAAAACUUUGACCUUGACAUUGACCUUGUGAACUACUUUCACAUUUUUGAAGGUACAGGCUUCAAAUUUGGACCACAUGCAUAGUUUUGUGUUCCGAAAUGAAAUUUGACCUUGAUUUUGACCUAGUGACCACUUUCACAUUUCUGAAGCUACAGCCUACAAAUUUGGACCACAUGCAUAGUUUUGUGUACCGAAAAAACUUUGACCUUGACAUUGACCUAGUGACCUACUUUCACAUUUUUGAAGGUACAGGCUUCAAAUUUGGACCACAUGCAUAGUUUUGUGUUCCGAAAUGAAAUUUGACCUUGAUUUUGACCUAGUGACCUACUUUCACAUUUCUGAAGCUACAGGCUUCAACUUUGGACCACAUGCAUAUUUUUGUGUUCUGAAUUGAAAUUUGACAUUGAUUUUUACCUAGUACCUACUUUCACAUUUCUCAAGCUACAGCCUCCAAAUUUGAAGCACUUGCAUAGUUUUGUAUACCGAAAUGAACUUUGACCUUGAAAUUGAUCUCGUGACCUACUUUCACAUUUCUCAAGCUACAGCUUUCAAAUUUGGACCAUAUGCAUGGACCACAUGCACAGUGUUGUGUACCGAAAUGAAAUUUGACCUUGAUUUUGACCUUGAGCUAGUCUUGAAAUUUGGAACAUUCAAAAAUGCCUCAAUAGUGGGCGCCAAGAUCACUCUGUGAUCUCUUGUUUUGUCAAAAUUAUGCAUGUUCCUUUUUAUCUUUAUCACAGAUUUUUUGUGACAGCUUUGCAUAUAGGAAUUACUUGACUAAAUAAAUUUAGAUUCUGCACACGUCUUAAGCAUCAUAGGAUGACCUAACAUGGUAAGUCUCAUAACUCUGGCUUACCUUGUAGCAAAAUUAUGCCCCUUUUUCAUCUUCCAAAAUUUUUCUGAAGCUUUUCUAUGUUAGGUAGUAUUAGAUGGAAGGGCUUCAAAUAGUCAAGCGUGCUGUCAUUAUUCAGCUCUUUAUUCAUUUACUUUGAAAUGAGGUUGAAUUUUCCACUAGUUAUAAUGAACUGCUUUGUAAAAUGAAAGGCUCGACUGUCUCAAUUUAUUACUUGUUUUGCUUCUGUGUGUAAUAACAAGGUUUUGUUGUUCACCUGCCCAAACUACAUUGUAAAGUUUUAGAUGGUCAAAACUAGUUUUCCAGAGAUACUUUUCAUUAAUUAAAAAAAAUGUUGCCUGUUGUAUAUUAUAUGAAAAUAUAUUCAAAUUACUAGUGUAAAGUUUAGAGUAUCAGAUGUGUUUGUGGUUGCUACAUGUUUAUUUAUAUAAGCUACACGUACAUAUAUUGAUACAUCUAAAUAGUAUUGUACUGAAUAAUGAAAAGCCACCUAUGUGUUCAAAAGAAUAACAUGUGUUCAUACAUAUUUUUGUAUUCAAUGUACACUUAAUUCAAAAUUUUAUGUAUUGUUGCAAAUUUGUACUUUAAUUCAUGCAAGAUUAAGUAUAUGAGCCACACCAUGAGAAAACCAACAUAGUGCGUUUGCGUCCAGCAUGGAUCCGCGCAGUCUGAUCCAUGAUGUUCGCAAAUGGUUUCUCUAAUUGCAAUAGGCUUUGAAAGCGAACAGUCUGGAUCCAUGCUGGUCGCAAACGCACUAUGUUGGUUUUCUAAAUGGUGCGGCUCAAUUAUAUUAAGAAGAAAGUUCUCAUUACUUUGAACAAGUUUGUGUCUUUUACACAUAAUGAAGGUUUGUUCUUGAAAACAAGAAUUAUAUGAUUUUAAUGAUUAAAUAGUAUGAGAAUGUUGACUGGUUAUUUCUGAAAUUUAGUAUUAAUGAUUUUGCCAUUGUCAUUGACAAUCAGUAAUUUAUUUUGUGUUUUUAUUACAUUACAUUACAUUUUUUGAUAUUUUCUUACCAAUUUAAGAAUUAAAUUAUAUUUGAAGAAAAAUGGUAUUUUUUGAUAGAUAUUGUAUAGCAAUUUGCAUGUUAUUCCUGGUUGAUGCACAGGUUUUGUAAACUUUUUUACCCUUGCAUGAUCGUAAGAGGUGACAUAUAGGACCUUAACACUUGGUUUUGCAGUAUCUCUGUGAUUCCAGUAGGUAUAAAAGUUUUGACAUACCUCGUAUUCUGAUAUGUAUGAGCUGUGAAAUCAUAUAUUUUGGUCUUGUUUGGCAUCAAAUUACCAGUUUCUGUGUUUAUAUGCCGUUAAACCCAAAUAAAAACAAUUAGCAGUUAUGCAGCAUUAUAGUACAAAAAAUGUAUAUUGUAUAUUCAAUAACAUUGUUUGUUAAAAAAUAUCUAGUGAAACCUUUGUGUUCUUGAUUGAAUUAAAUGAGACAAAAUUCA